AUGAUGAAAAAUGACUGCACUAGACUUGCUUGUGAAUGGCGACAUUACCGCCAGCAGGCCGAGCCGCCCUGCCCCCAGCAGCCCCCCACCUCCCAGGCCGAGGCGUACGGCCAGGUCCCCAAGACGCACCGCGUCAUGACCCUGGCAGACCACAUUUCGCACAUCAUCACCCAGGACUUUGCCAGGAACCAGGACGGCCCCCAGGCGUCGCCCGCCACCUCCUCCUCCCCCGGAACAUUCCAGAGCUCGGCCCCCGCGGCCCUGAGCGCCGGGCCCGGGCGCGCCAAGCUGCCCAGCCGCUACAGCCCCGAGUCGCAGGGGCAGCCGCCGCAGGCCCAGGCCCCGCACCACCCCCGACCGUCCAGCAGGGUGUCGCCCGAAAACGCCUCCGACAAGCCCCGAGCGAGGUACUGCACCCUGUCCCUCUGUCCAGUUGGCAGCACAGACCCAGUCCGAUGUGCUUACUGUACUGUACUGUACUUCAGCGAGUUGCAAGGCAUCAUGAUCAGGGACCUGGCAAGUGCACAGCCUGGCACUGAAAUAUUUAACUUGCCUGCAGUAACUAGCUCAAGUAGCAUCAGCUCCAGGAAUCCCUCCUUCGGGGAUCCAGCCAGUAACCUGGGCCUGGAGGACAUCAUUCGCAAAGCGCUGAUGGGCAACUUUGAGGACAAGCAUGACGAUCACCAGGGAAGCGGCUCCCAGCCCAAUAGCAUGGAGCGGCAAGAGGCUAGCCCCUCCCCCAACACAGGCAUGUCAGCCGGCAAGCAGAAGCUGUUGGGCAAAGCCAACAGCCGGAAGUCCAAGUCCCCGAACCCGGGGCAGGGGUACGCCGGGGGAGAGCGCCCGUCGUCCGUGUCGUCCGUGCACUCGGAGGGGGACUACCACCGCCAGGCCCCGGCCUGGACCUGGGAGGACCGGCCGUCUUCCACCGGCUCCAUGCAGUUCCCCUACAACCCGCUGACCAUGCGCAUGCUGAGCAGCACGCCGCCCUCCUCCAUGCCCUGCGCCUCGCCCUCCCUGCAGGCCCAGCAGGGCGGCGCCGUUCCCCAGGCCCGCGUGUGGGAGCGCGAGCCCCUGCUGUCCGAGCAGUACGAGACCCUGUCGGACAGCGACGACUGAGCGACCUCGGCCCGGGGGGGGAGGAGGAGGCGCCUCGGCCCCCGGGUCCCGCCCCUAGCCCCGCCCCCCCCC